AGGCCCGGCACAACCCAUAAAUUAUUCGUGCUCGUGCCUGGCUAGCCCAUUUAUUACGUGCCCGUGAUCGUGUCGUGCCGUGCGAGCCCGUGAACGGCACGACCCCGUUGCCCACGUACAGUGGGAAAACCCACUGGAUGAGACAAAUGGUGGGGGAAGUGGCGGAUGGGAAAGGACAACCCUUUUUUUCUUCUGAUUUUUUCUGAUUUUAGGAAAGGCUGUGUUUUUGUCCCCUCGUAUUAUUGUGAUUUCGUCAUUGAUGAUGUCAUACUUAAUUAGUGAUGAAAAAAUAUGUCCAAAUUAAAAAAAAUUAUAUUAAAAUGUUCGUAUUAAUUAAUUAUCACUAAGUACGUAAUAAUAAUGAUCAUUAUAUGAAAAUAAAGUGACAAAAUCAACUAUGUAUUGAUUUAAGAAAAAGUACUAAAUUGAUUACUCACUUUUCCCACCACCACAGUGUGACCAAAUCAUCCAAUUUUCCCACUUUUCCCACAUUUCCCCCACCCACAUUGUGGAUGAUCUUACAUGCAAAAGGUGUUUGGGUUGUUUUAUUAUUAGGGUUGGGGGAGUUGAGGAAAUUAAUUGGACGCAAAGAAACCGAUGCCGGAAAGAGCCAAGUAUUAUGCGGCACAACAAGCUUUGAAAAGCUGCCACCCCCAACCCAACUCUGGUGUUCUGUUGUCGUGGUGCUUUGUCCGCUAACCUUAGUUCCCUUCUUCUUCGCCGCGACCUCAACCAUUAGGACCUUAAAAUCUCCGAUCGACUCUUCCCUUAACUCGUCGUCGUCCUUAUCCUGCCUCCGUUGCCCGCAGUUCCUGCAAAAACCAGCCGUAGAAGCGGGAAUCGCAAUACAAACCUGAAAGUGAAAUCAAAAUGUUCAUUUUCCCGGCAACAAAACAAUAAAUUGGAAAAGGAGAAAUUGAUGGGGGAAAGGAAAAGAGGGGGGAGGAAUGACUGACCAGAAGGCGUUGAAGUCGCGCUAGGAGGGAGAGUCGGAGCCCUAGGAGUUGGUGAUGAGCGGGAAGAUGGAGGAAGAGAGGGAGAAGCAGAAGGCGAGAAUGCGGAGGAGGAGGAGGAUGUGCGAGUUGAAUCGGCAGAGCUUCUACGUGGACAAAGUGGAGUGGAAGUGAGGGGCGGAACUCCGUGGGUGGGGGGACGACGUCUCGGCAUUGCGCAUCGGCUGCGGUGAAAACAUGAUGAUGACGGCCUGUGAUCAGUGGUCGGAUGUGGUAAUUACAAUAAUUUGUUCAUGUUUUAUUUAUUUUACUUUGAGUUGGAAAUUGUAAAAGAUUAAAUUAAAUUAAUUUUUAUUUGCCACGCCAUUCAGUUAAUGGUCAACUUUGAGAUUUGACUGUCACAUCAGACAAAGUAAAUGGAGCUGGACGGAAAAUGACCAAAAUUGAUCUAUUAACUAAUUUUAGUGACCACUAAUGGAAUUAAAUAUUUCUAAUGAUCAAACGUGAACCUUUUUCGUGAACCCAGUCACUAAACUUGCAAUUAACCCCAAAUUAAAUACUAAUUCGAAAUUUCUCUCGUGUGCCAUAGGGCAUAGGAUAUUCCACGUCGGGAGCCGGGAGGACAAGGGAAUAAUUUAACCGACAGGUAGAUCCCCGUUUCUAGACUCGCCGCCCUCCUGAACGAGAACCCUCCUCUCCGGCAUAUAGGGUUGCUGCUACUACUAUCACAGUUUCCCGAUCACCGCCCCUUUGGUCUCCGGCGAGCCCACCUAAGAACCUUAGCUCGUUUCACAGUCACCGGGAGCUCUUAGUAAUUCAAUAAAGUCGAAGCCCUCGUUUCUUCCUUAUGGUGAACAGCUCUUUGUAGUCGCUUCGAAGGGCACUCGCUCGCGCAGAAAAAGCCGAUUGUUUCCCGCAGCUUCUUCAUCCACCCAUGGCGCUCCCUCUCGGCAAGUUGGUUAUUCUUGCCGGUGCCGGUCAGUACAAUCUACCCCUCCCUUGUUAAUUUGUCAAAAAAAAAAAAAAAAAAAAAAAAUUGCCCUCCAUUGGCCGAUCAGCUCUGGCGGAAUCUGUACGCAUUCUGGGAACCAAUUACAGCUUGUAGCUCCUCAAUUAGUUUGGUCAUAGCUUCUAGAGCAUUACAGCACAGAGAUUUUAGGGUCUUGGUUAAACCUCAGGUUGACUCAUGAUUUUGGGUCUCGAUGAUCGCGACGGACAAAUGUAGGAGUUUGGACGACUGUAUUAGGGUUUUCGAUUCAUGGUUUGAUAGUCGACUCCGUAUAGCUGUAUGGUAGUGGUGGGUUUCUAGUUUGGUUCGAGGGCAAUUACUGUGUUAACUGGAACUUUACACUUGUAUUGAAAUUUGAAGUUGGCUUAUCGUCGUAGCUAGCAGAUAGUGGCUUGGUGGCAAACUGUUAACGAGCUCUCAAAUGGUGUGCUUUAGUUAUCAGUUGUCAGUCUUAUUUAACUGUGACAAAGGGAAUUUCUGUUGUUUCCAAUCUUUAGAAGAAUUUCUUGCUUAGUGGGCAAUGCCAAUAAGCAUUUGGGUUCUCAUGCACACAGUUUUUUUUUUUUUUUUAUAGAAUUCAUAAUCUUCCAUCUGUUACAGCCGAUGAGUAAUGAUAACCUCUCGUGUCAUGUUUCUGUUUCCCUUGACCUGCAAAAUUAUUGCCUGUUCAGUAUAUAAAUUUGUUUUCUUGAACAAUGAGUUUUUUUUUUUUUUUUGUUUUGUUUCUGCCAUUCUUAGGUCUUAUUGGCGCUAGCACUGUUUAUGGAAAAGAUUCAGGCAUUACUGAUUGGCUUUUUGGAGCUAGCAAGGUGAGUGCCAAAUAAAGAUGUUAAUUAUGAGCUAUUAGAAUUGUGUACCUACUGUUUCUCUGGUGAUGUAGUAUUCAUUUCUAUGCAAUAUCUAACAUUAGCCAUACACAAAGGAACAAUUCGCUCUUAUAUGAUCACAUAGGUUGGUGCCAAUUAAAAUUCGCUGAAUGUAUACAUGAAAUCUGUGGUUCAGAAGGAUCUCUUCUCUAGUUUCUAUUCUGUCUAGAAUUUUUUUGUGGUAUCCUGUUUUCUCAUGGAUGUUUAUGCUGAUUUGUUCUUCACAAUAGAUUUGGAAGCAGUUAAAGCAAGACACUGGAUCUGGGAAAAAGCCACAAAAUGAUUCCUUGUUGGCACAGGUUUGCAAUUCAAUCUUACACAUGUAGUGGGUGAAUUAGGGUGGAGCUAUUCUACGUCCUUUCAAAUGGAUUUUAUUUCGUUUAUGCUCUUAGUCCUUCAGAAUAUUAACCCAAAAUCCUGUUUUCUUCAUUGUUUUUUUGGCGUUCUCUUUUGGAAGAGAAGAAGCCAUGUAUUUUCAUUUCAAGUUUCCAUUGCCAGUGUGGUUCUUAUAUUCACAUAUCAAUACAGGUUAACAGUCUGAGGCAGGAACUGCAAUUGUUAGCAUCAAACGGACCAGUUACAAUCAUCACUUCAGGAGGAGCAGGUUUUAAUACUUGCACAUACAAAUUACCUACUGUUUGUCCUAGAUUGAAUUUUUCAGAUCAAGCUUUCCAUUUCAAGAGUGUUUCGAUUGUUGUUAGAUAAUAUUUACAAUCUAAAGUUAAGUGAUUUUUUGCAGUUGCAACCAUUUGUUUCUGAACUUGGUUCUGUGAUCUACAGGUGCUAACAAAUAUUAUACAAUCGUUGUGGUUGGAGUGAUUGGCUAUGGCUAUGUUUGGUGGAAGGUAAUAGCAUUAUUUGUUUGCUUGAACCAUCUCAAGCUUGAUAAUGUACACGUCUUUUGAGUACUUUACCUCUACGAGCAUUGUGUUAGACUUAGGUAGUGAUCUUUUCUUCACUGGAUUUUUUUUCUCUGGAUUAUUUCAGCACCAGUACUGGCCCCCCAACUUGGUGAUUUUCUUAUUUUCAGGGCUGGAAACUCCCUGAUAUGAUGUUCGCUACAAGGCGUACUUUAUCCGAUGCCUGCAAUUCGGUAGCCCAACAACUUGAAACUGUCUAUGCUUCACUCCGGACUACUAGGAAGGAGUUAUCGGCAGGCAUUUCAAACUUGGAUACUAAGUUGAUAGAGAUUGAAAAAAUUACAGACAGCACACAAGGAAUAGUUGUUCGACUACGGGAUGGAUCAGGAAAAAUUGGCAAUGACUUUCAUUCUUUUAAGGAACGUGUUGAAUCUCUGAAGUCACGAGUCGAUAAAUUUGGAGUGAAGCAGCAAGAGUCGUUGUCUGGAAUACAGAGUCUGUUGGCCUUUGCGCACGAGGCUCAAAUUGGAUUGAUCGAUAAUGGACAGACCUCGCCUCCUAGCUCAUCACAGAUUGCAUUCUCCUCGAUGAGGGCUUUGCCACCUGCUGCCGAUGGACUAUCGAUAAGGCCUGCUACUUCCGAUCUAUCUCCUGAGGUUGAACAAACUCCUCGAAGAGUUGUAUUGUCACCCUCUACUCAGCAGGGUAACGGGGUUGCUGACGUUACUGAGUUGACCAGUCAAGGCAUUUGGAACGGUAUUUUUACUCCAGAAGUAACGAAUGGAGGAGAGUCUUCAGUUCUGCAGAGGCCAUCAUUUCUCUGGAGAGCUUUCAGCAGCGUCACAGGCACAGUACUAAGACGACCUGGAGGUGAAUGAGAGAUUUCUCUUAAAAGGGAAGUUCAUAAAAGUUAGUCAUCGUUCCCUGAGAGAUUUCUUCUAUCUUAGUACCCACCCUAGCAAAUUUUUGUAGAGGAUGUCGUUAACACUUUUAAGAUUAUCAAAGAAAGCCCUUUACCUGGCUAUGUAAAGGUUUAUUAUUACUAGGAGUUUAGACACUAGACUUAAAUGAAAUUCAAAUUAGAGAGAAGCUGCAGGACAGUCACACAGCAUUUGAUCUGUAACUCAUUUUAACUGCUUUCCUGUGCUAGAUGAAACAAAAAGAAGAAGAAGGAAAAAAAAAACAGCAUAAUUAUUUAUGUUUUGGAUUUUUCUCAUCCAUCAUUAGUUGGACAAACGAAAAUGUGUGCCUCUGCAGCGUUUCUGUUUCUGGUUUUUAAUUUUUCUCAUUGGAUUAGAGCCUGGUAAUGGCAUGGAGGUUGUCUCUUUUCUUUUGCCCUUCGUUUGGAAGAAUUGAGUUGAGAGAGACAUUAUCAGAGGUUGUCUCUUUUCUUUUGCCCUUCGUUUGGAAGAAUUGAGUUGAGAGAGACAUUAUCAAAAGAGAGUAGUCAAUUCUAAAUUUUGUCAUGUUUAGUCAUUAGAAAAAUUUAAUAUUAAUUUUGGUCACUCGAAUUAUCGAACCAGGUCACAUUUGGUCACUCCCCUGUAGCCUCUGGGCAACUCUGGUCACUCGAAUUAUUGAAACAUGUCAUAUUUAGUCACUCUCCCGUUAGUUUCCGUCCAACUCCAUGACAAGUUUCAGUAAUUCGAGUGACCAAAAUUGAUAUUAAAUUUUUCUAGUCAAU